AUGACCAAACCUACUUAUCAGAUACACGAGUUGAUGAACUUGCGUCAUGGCUACUACUAUGAUAUUCAACUUCCAGAUUUGCUCCUUCCUCGUCAGAAGAAACAAAACACACAACAACAGAAUCCCCACAUGGUGACCUUGGAUUAUAAAUCAGGCAAACUAUUCCCGGUUUCAUCUUUCGUGCUAUUGCAGACAGAUACAAUGCAUUCGAAUAUGCAAACAGCUUCGAAAAUAUGCCCGCCUACAUGGUCACCACCUUUGUCGUCCCCGCCUAGACCCUUAUCGCCAACAUUUCAGCAAAUGGACUACAGGUUCCAGGGGUUAAUGGUCCCCAUUCUCAACAUUGACCAGGAGCUUGCAGUUCAAAUCAAGUCCUCACCAUGGGAGAGUCACCGUCAAGUUCAAAGGUCGCCUAGGUGGUACAACAGCCCCAUCAGUCCCGCAGACCCGCCACCACAGAAUAAGCCAAAGGAUGUGGUUUUGGAAAAAUCCGCUAACGUGAUCUCAAGCGAGGAGGACACUACAUCCAGUGAUGAAGACAUUGUUAUCCAAAUACAUUCAUCCAGCCCUCAAAGAGAGCUUAAUUAG